UGGAUCGAUUAUCUUCCUGGCUAAUCUCCCACCGUCUGAAUUGUAUGUCUCAAACUCAAGUGUGUUCCUAGCAAGUCUUUAAACAUGUUUUAUUUUUGUGCUGCACACUGAAGCAUUUGCUGAUCAUUGAUUUGCACUGUGCAGCAGGCCUAUUUGUGUAAUGUCAGCUGUUUCAUUUACUUUGGGUUGGCAUCUGUGGAGUCUAUAUAGGGAUUUGGGCUGCACAAUGUAGUAUGGGGUACAUGGGGAUCAGAAAUUGUAUUGUACAAUAUGUUCCAUAGAACAAAGAAAAAUGCACAGUUGAAGAUAUUUGACUCCAGUGCUUCAUUGUAACAAAUCUUUUGACAGUAAUGAGGUAUUCAUGUUCCUCUGGUUUUUAUAGGUUCGACAAUUUGACAGUGUGCACUACCUAAAGGCAUUUGGAGUAGGAGAUGUGUGGGUUGCUGUUGGAUGGAGCAGUGAUGUUCUGUCGGCUGCCAAGAGCAUGUCAAACGUCGCAGUAAUUGUUCCAAAGUCUGGAACCAGUUUGUGGGCAGAUCUAUGGAUUUUAGCAGAUGCAAUGGGGCUUGGAAAGACUGUAAUGACUACUGCAUUAAUACUUGGAAAACUAGUUAGGGAGAGUCCAGAUGACCAACAAGUUGAAGAAAAAAAUCAAGAUUUUGACAACAAGAAAACAAAGAAUGGUCAGAAAGAUCCUCAAACCAAAAGCCUACCCACAGUUAAAGGAGGAACUCUUGUUGUCUGUCCAAUGGCAUUGUUAGGCCAGUGGAAGAAUAAUCUAGAAGACCUCUACAGCCUUUUGUGCUUCUUACGCGUCGAGCCAUGGUGCAAUUGGGCCUGGUAUGUGCAUGAAACAACACUACCAACUUAA